AUGGCGGCCCCAGGGAGCUGGACGGACUGUUCCAAACCACUGCCCCUCCCUGCCCUUCCCGUCAGCACUUCCCACGGGCAGACCUGCUGGGGCAAAUGCAGACUGCUCACAGGCUCCUCGGACCCCAAGAUGCUGGAGCUGGGGCCGGGGCCGGGGCUGGGGCCGGGGCCCGAGACAGAGCCCCAUCAGCCCCUUUUUACAGGCAGCACUGAUGUGUCGCCUAAAACCGAGAUUCCUGGAUGUGGGCCCCGGGACGUGUCUGGUUUCCCAGGAGCCCUGGUCGGUCUCAGCCGCAGCUUGAGCACAACGCAGCUUCUAGCCCUCCCGCCGGGCGGCGAGACCCACGCACCCUCCCGCCGGGCGGCGAGACCCACGCACCCUCCCGCCGGGCGGCGAGACCCACGCACCCUCCCGCCGGGCGGCUGGACCCACGCACCCUCCCGCCGGGCGGCUGGACCCACGCACCCUCCCGCCGGGCGGCUGGACCCACGCACCCUCCCGCCGGGCGGCGAGACCCACGCACCCUCCCGCCGGGCGGCGAGACCCACGCACCCUCCCGCCGGGCGGCCGGACCCACGCACCCUCCCGCCGGGCGGCCGGACCCACGCACCCUCCCGCCGGGCGGCGAGACCCACGCACCCUCCCGCCGGGCGGCCGGACCCACGCACCCUCCCGCCGGGCGGCGAGACCCACGCACCCUCCCGCCGGGCGGCCGGACCCACGCACCCUCCCGCCGGGCGGCGAGACCCACGCACCCUCCCGCCGGGCGGCCGGACCCACGCACCCUCCCGCCGGGCGGCCGGACCCACGCACCCUCCCGCCGGGCGGCGAGACCCACGCACCCUCCCGCCGGGCGGCUGGACCCACGCACCCUCCCGCCGGGCGGCUGGACCCACGCACCCUCCCGCCGGGCGGCGAGACCCACGCACCCUCCCGCCGGGCGGCGAGACCCACGCACCCUCCCGCCGGGCGGCCGGACCCACGCACCCUCCCGCCGGGCGGCGAGACCCACGCACCCUCCCGCCGGGCGGCGAGACCCACGCACCCUCCCGCCGGGCGGCGAGACCCACGCACCCUCCCGCCGGGCGGCCGGACCCACGCACCCUCCCGCCGGGCGGCGAGACCCACGCACCCUCCCGCCGGGCGGCGAGACCCACGCACCCUCCCGCCGGGCGGCCGGACCCACGCACCCUCCCGCCGGGCGGCGAGACCCACGCACCCUCCCGCCGGGCGGCCGGACCCACGCACCCUCCCGCCGGGCGGCGAGACCCACGCACCCUCCCGCCGGGCGGCGAGACCCACGCACCCUCCCGCCGGGCGGCGAGACCCACGCACCCUCCCGCCGGGCGGCUGGACCCACGCACCCUCCCGCCGGGCGGCGAGACCCACGCACCCUCCCGCCGGGCGGCUAGACCCACGCACCCUCCCGCCGGGCGGCGAGACCCACGCACCCUCCCGCCGGGCGGCCGGACCCACGCACCCUCCCGCCGGGCGGCCGGACCCACGCACCCUCCCGCCGGGCGGCGAGACCCACGCACCCUCCCGCCGGGCGGCGAGACCCACGCACCCUCCCGCCGGGCGGCUAGACCCACGCACCCUCCCGCCGGGCGGCGAGACCCACGCACCCUCCCACGCUACUUCCCCCAAACAGCCGAGGCCUCGGCGCCCACGUUCAAGAGACUCAACCGUGUUGUGAAAAUCACGUGGCCUUUGGAAUCUGGAGGUCUGGGUUUCAGUGCAGUUCCAUGA